AUGAAGCUACUCAAAAUCUCUCUGCUUCUAGCGCAGACUUUGACCUGGGGUGCCAUAGCUUCACCAUGGUUCGGUACUGAGUACGUUGCGGAAGUGGAAUCAACCAUAGGAUCUGGGUACACUGGGCAAUAUAUCACAAGAGACGCUGCGGUCGUUACCUAUACAAAAGUGAUCACCCCCACAGUACCAAAUCCCACAGUCCUCAGCACCCUCACCGACAUUGAGUACAACUUUUACGGCGAUGUUACAGCAGUCCAGCUUGUCGUUGAGCCCACAGCUGGCGUGAUCAAAACGAGCUACAACUAUGCCGAUCACUACGCUACAGUGACUUAUACGGCGCCCUCGUCUUGUUCUUAUACAACAAGCCAAACACUUACAACCAUCAUUCCGAUCUAUGUCCCGGGAGCCGCAGAGGAUCUCGUUCACCCAAGCGUUGUCACUACCACGAUCACCUACCAAUACAUCACAGAAAGCUAUACAAGGACUAGAGCGAUGCUAGAUGUCUCUGAUAUCCCCACCAGCGUGUACUCCUCCGCCAGCUCCUAUUACAAACCAUCCAUGUACAAGACCUGUGACAGCUAUUACAGAACAGGACGUACCACGUACAGCGGCGGCGGCGGUUCAACCAGCGGCAGCGGUUCAACCAGCUACUCCGGCUGCAGCAAGUUCGUCUGGUACAUUGGCGGCUCAGAGUUAUCCGGUGGAUACUGUUGCUCGGACGGAUGCCACUACACGUGGGGAAUUCCGCCAUGGGGUCUGGCCCUUGCGAUAUUUUUCGGGUGGUUCGGGCUAUUCCUGAUCAUUGGCUUGAUCGAGAGCUGGUUCACAUUCCGCCGUGCCAUGCUCGGGCAGAAGGCUCGUCGUGGUCUCCCGUACGGAUUUGCCUGUCUGUGUCCUAUUAUCUCUUGUCUGUCGCUCAUCACAGUCAAGAAGUAUCCUGCAAAAUCACAGGAGGAACAGGCCUUCCUGGUCGCAAGAUGGAAAGAUAUGUCUGCCGGCUCAAGUCUUGGAAUGUGGCUGAAGUAUCUGUUCCGUCGAAAGGAUCCCGCCGCUGUCGCACUUGGUCGCCCUGGGCCUGUGCCUGUGCCUACUGGUGUUCCGUACCCCCCACAGGGCGGCCCCUGGUACCCGCCUCCUGUGGGUGCUCCUGGCGCACCGCCUAUGGCGGUUUUUCCUCAACAGCAGGGUUAUCCACCUCAUGGGAACCCCCCUCCGCAAGGUCAGCCCGCUCCUCCACCUAUGAGUGGGGUGAGUGAGGCGGGAGAUGGCCAACCCAAGACCGUGGAAGUGAGUGAGACGGAAAGAAGGUGA